UUCCCGUAUGCAUCACAUGACUUGUAUUUUUUUCAAAUCACCGUGGAAAUCUUUCAGGACCUUGUGGAGGACAAUCAGUGACCUACUCGUGUCUAGGAUGGAUGGGUCGGCAUGGCGACAAAUGUUUCAGUCUCGUCAAGGGGAUGAAAAACCGGAACGCUGCUCAGAAACACUGUGGAUUACUCGGGACCAAAGCUGGCAUGACACCAGGCAACCUCGCAACGUUGAAAAACUCUGCUACUCAUAAAUUCGUAGUUGACAAUGUCAUCAAUGGAGUUACACGUGCUACAUGGCUCGGUCUGAAGGACACUGCCACUGAGGGAGAUUGGGUGUGGCAGGAUGGGACGAGCUACAGCUACAACAGCUGGGCGGUGAUAAACGGUGUGCAACAACCGGCAGGUGGAGCUGCCCAGAAUUGUGUGGUUCUCGAAGGCGUCAGAAAUAGAGGUGCGGAUCGACGCGCCAAAUGGAAUGAUGUCGAUUGUGCUCGCAAAACCUGGUCUGUUUGUCAAUUUCCAGCCGACUACACAUGCGGAGGAUAUCAACUCACUGAUGCCCCAACGGAUGCACCCACUGAUGCCCCAACGGAUGCACCAACCGAUCCACCAACCGAUUCACCAACGGCCGGACCAGUGUCGUGCCCUGGUUGGAUGACCUCGUAUGAUGGCAAGUGCUACAAGCUCAUCACGGGCAGGAAAACGUGGUCAGCUGCUCAACAAAACUGUGAAAAUCUUGGAACAAAAGCUAGCCUGACAGGCAACCUCGCAGCUAUAGAAAACUUUAGAACGUUCCAGUUUUUUGUUGACACCCUCAUGACUCAGGAUCGUGACAUAUGGAUCGGACUGAACGACAAAAGUUCCGAGGGCACUUGGGUGUGGCAGAGUGGUGUGCCCUACAGGUACAAGAAAUGGGCUAGCCUAAACGGGGUGAAGCAGCCGGCGGGUGGAGCUGCCGAGAAUUGUGUGUUCAUUGAGAAUGGUAAAUCUGGAUGGGAUGAUGCGGCGUGUUCAACUAGAACCUGGUCGAUCUGUCAGUUCACAAAUGAUAAUGGCAUUCUCUGAGAUGCAGCUCCUUCCAUCAACCUGACAGACGUAAACAAUGACGAUUCGUUAUUCAGAAUCCACUUUAUAACACAGCCUUGUAUUAUGCUAAUGGUAAUGAAGGACUCUGGUUCGAAAUGAGCGCAAAAAAUGUAUUGUUCACCUUUCUGGUUUAUUCGACAGUGCGUCUGCAUACGUUGUUGUCGUCUGCAUACAUUGUUGUGCAACUGCAUACAUUGUUGUGCAACUGCAUACAUUGUUGUGCAACUGCAUACAUUGUUGUGCAACUGCAUACAUUGUUGUGCAACUGCAUACAUUGUUGUGCAACUGCAUACAUUGUUGUGCAACUGCAUACAUUGUUGUGCAACUGCGUACAUUGUUGUGCAACUGCGUACAUUGUUGUGCAACUGCGUACAUUGUUGUGAAUCAAAGACAAAAAAUCUUUAAAAAUUUUCUUUUGUUCAUUUGUUGUUAGGCUUUAAAACAAUUGUUUAAAAAGAUUUCUGUGUAGUGUACAGUGUGUUCAUAAAACGAGAAAUCUGAACCUGAUAUUGUCCCUGCUCUAUUAAAAAACAACGGUUUCUCUGUAAUCCGUGUUUUUAACUCGACAACUGAGCUGUCGGAGCAAAAGUGAAGCGUCAAGGCAAAAAUUUCAUCGAAAUAUUUAAUUGGAAUUUGAAUACGGGUUCAAUUUAUUUGACACAUCUAGUUGUACUUUUUACUGAUCACAUUUAAUUGUCUUUUUUUUAUUGAUACACAUUUUAUUUCACUGGUUACCUGGUUAAAACUCGGAGUCGAUUUCAGAAAGCGAAUAAUUUGCCAGAUAAUGACACCAAAUUCAUGUUUGAAGAACUGUUUAUAGAAAUGUUAUCUUCAUGAAGGCUAAACAUCCGUGUAGACUUGAGAAUGUAGUUGUCCGUUCUUCGUGUGUGGGAACUUCACAGUAGUAUCAAUCAGCAGAUGAAAGAUGGCGGAUGCCGUCUGAAACUUUCUGCAAGUUUCCAGUUUCUAUGCAGUUGUUUCGUCUGAUCAAGCUACCUGAUAGACUGUCAUGUCAUGUAAAGUAGACUGUCAUGUCAUGUAAAGUAGACUGUCAUGUCAUGUAAAGUAGACUGUCAUGUCAUGUAAAGUAGACUGUCAUGUCAUGUAAAGUAGACUGUCAUGUCAUGUAAAGUAGAAUGACGUAAACUAAUUUGAUUUACGCACCGCGUUGUUUUUCUGUACCAUGUUAGAGUAUCAACACUGAACUUGUUAACAGCUGAAAUAAGGCGACGUCUGUAAAUUGCACUCGGCACUUUUGUCUUGUUUUUGUGCUCUGUCUUGUCUUGUGUUACAUUGUUACAUAAAGCAAAGUUUUAAUUAGUUAACGUAAAUACACGAUUU